CAAAGCCAAGUAAGAGAAGUUGCUCAAUCUCUUCUCUUGGAUUCUGAUUUCUGAGACCAUCUACCAUUGGAAUUCAAAGGUAAGAUUCCUCUUCCUUUGCCCAUUUCAGUCUUGAAAAAUCAGAUAUUGAGACUUUGGUAAGGAUAGAGUUCAUAUUCUAGAGAGCGAAAAUUAGGUGUUCAUCAAGGGGAUCCUAGCCUGCUAUAUAAUAUAUAUGUGUGUGCGUGUCUCACUCUAUAUAUAUGGCAGAAUAUCUCAACAAAUUGUGUUUGUCGGAGGAUGUGGUGGUGGAAAUCCUGUCAAGGUUGUCUCCAAAACCUCUUAUGCGAUUCAAAUGCGCUUGUAAAUCGUGGUACAAUUUGAUAAAAUCUCCUAGUUUUGUGGCCAAGAACCUUUCUUAUUCCAAGAACAAUGAAUUUGCAUCCUCCACUUCCCUCGUCUUCAAGCGUACUGUCCUCAAGGACAAUACCAUCAAGGACAAGAAUGAAAUUACUUCAAUCCUAUCCGAGGAUAACAACAAUAGGAAGGAAACUUUGCUUUCAUUACUUACUCUUUCCAACCACGAUGACCAAAACUUUGGUUGCAUUGUUGAGGACUUUCCUCUUCCUUCUCCUAUGUGUUUCUAUGCCCUUAAUAUACCGCUUGCAGGUCAUUGUGAUGGAAUUGUUUGUCUUUCUCUUGUUAACGAUGAAGAUGUUGUUUUGUACAAUCCAUCAAUCAAGGAAGACUUUGAAUUCCUUCCCAAGUCAUGUCUUCUUUUGCCUCACAAAGAUUUCAAUGAUUUUGAUAAUGAAGAUGAUUAUUAUGAUGCAUUAAGAUCGGAUCCGAGAGGUGUGGGAUUUGGAUUCGAUUCAAAAGCUAAAGUAUACAAGGUUGUUAGAAUUGUUGGUUUUACGUCAGGUUACUACGCGGAUACACAUCCUUCAAGAGCAGAGGUUUUCACUUUGGGUGCUCGUUCUUGGAGAGAGAUCAAGAUUGAUACAAAAGUUACUGUCUUUUCGCAUCCUUCUUUUAAUAUAUGCUUAAAAGGAAUUUGUUACUGGUCUGCACUAAUAAGGGAUAAAGAAGUCCUCCUUUCAUUUCAUAUGAGUGAAGAGCUAUUUGAUGAGAUAUCAGUUCCAGAAAGUAUCCAUCAUAUGGAAGGAUUCCUCAAGACUUUUUCUGUGUGGAAAGAAUCCAUUGUUCUUGUUGCCUAUAAACGAGAUGAUGAUCCUAAGUUCCUAGAUAUAUGGGUGAUGGGUGAGCCUGGUGAUUUUAGAGGUUCAUGGACGAAGCAUUUAACUAUCGGACCUGUAGAAUGUGACAUUCCAUUAAGCUUUUGGAAGAGUGACGAGAUUCUUGUGGGUACUGCUGAUGGAUGCGUAGUCUCCUAUAACAUUGAUACCCAAACACUCAAGUAUCUUCCAAUUCAUGUUGCAGAAGGUCCAUCACGAACACAGUGUCUUGUUUAUGUAAAUAGUAUUAUUUCAGUAAAGGAAAACAAUAGCUCAAUGAGACAAUUGCCAUGAAGCAUUAUUGUAAAGAUAGAGCGUCAAUGUGGACUGAGUAUAAAAUUGCAAGAAUCAGACUGGUUAGUGACUGGUUUAUGAGCGAAGUUCGGAUGAAAGAGGCCGCUUAGUGUUGUGAUGCCAAUUUGAAACUGGAGUCUGGGAGCAAUCUAGCUAGAGGGUUUGCAAAUAGGAUUGAAGAGUGACACAGUGACUCGUUCUGUAUAAUGUUGGAAGCAUCUAAAACGUCCAAGAUUCACUUACGAUUAAGUAAUUUUCUCAUUUUUGGAUGCUAUGUGGUUCACGAUAGCUUUUUGUAUUUGAAUAGCAGAGCUCUCUUUUUAAUUUUGAAUUACAGGCAUGUCUACAAUUAUGUCUUUCAUUUUGUGUUGAAGCACUUU